UUGUUGUAUAUGUGGUUAUAUAUAAAUCUGCACUGUUCACUACUUUUCAUCAAACUUCUUCCUUUUUUGGCACAAUAUCGCCACCAGAGGUGAAAGUUGAAACUGCAGCCUCCAUAAAUAAACCUAAAAUGUGAUGGCCAGCAAAAAUCCACAAUUAACUGAAGAAAUAAAAAAAAAAAAUUAAAGUUUCCAAAAACAUAAAAUAAAAUACAAAAAAUUUAAGGAUGAAUGAACGGUGUCCUGCUUGUGCCGGUCCCAAGAAUGGUUAAUGUAGAAAAAAAAAGACGAUUGCAUUCACAUUUCAGAGAAAUGUCUUUUUGAGGGAUUAGGAACCAUUUUCUCAAACAAUCAAGUGAAAGGGUUGAAACAUACAUUUGAAAAGCAGCCAAUCCAGCUAAAAAACCUUAAAACCCUUUGGUUAAGUCAGGAAAAACAGUUUUAAAAAGGAAGAUUUAGCACUUCAUCAUACCUGCAAUAAGAAAGCUGAAUAUAAUGAAUAUAAAUUAACCCACCUUAGUAAACAUAAAUGUCUGAUUGACGUACAGACAAUCCACAGAGACACUGCAGGGUGUCAGAUGCUCCAAAAAAAUAAAAAAAUAAACUACCUUUCUCUGCCUGUCUUCUUCUCUACAGCCUCGGCACAGAACAGGUCCCCAGAGAGAAUGCCAGCGUCUCAUUGGCUGACACGUUACAGGACUGGAUGGGAGAGAGAUAGAGUAGCGAGGGGGCGAAAAAGCUCAAGAAGAUGCAACUACUGUGCCGUGGCAGUAGUAUCACACCUCACGGAGCGUCAGGAUGCUAGAGCUUGGUCUCAUUUGGGAUGGAAACAAAAGCUCCUGUGUGCUGCUGCUGCUGCUGCUGCUGGGAUCAGCUCUGUGACUGAAAGAUGCAGACGAGCAGCAGCCGUGCCGGCUGGUCUCAGGAUCUCACCCAAACUUGAUGUCUUCAGAACAGAGCAGCCGAUUUCAUUUUCUGGAUCUGCACAGAGAGAAUUUGCACAAAGGGGAAGGGGGGGGGUUCAUGUACUGUAAAUGUGCAACUCUCUGCUUUGUACCAGCCUGUCACCCAUAAAGUCUCCCACACCGGCUGAGACACCCUGGAAGCUUCCAGCCGUGCUUCUGAGAUGGUGUGAAAAGCAGCCAGCCUUUGGCUGCCCCACUUCUGGGUCAAGAUGCCCGUCAUGAAGGGCCUCCUGGCCCCACAAAACACCUUCCUGGACACCAUUGCCACACGCUUUGAUGGCACCCAUAGUAAUUUCCUGUUAGGUAAUGCCCAGGGCCACAGAGGAUACCCCAUCGUUUACUGCUCCGACGGCUUUUGUGACCUGACAGGCUUCACCAGAACAGAGGUGAUGCAGAAGAACUGCACCUGCCAUUUUCUGUACGGCGCUGACACCAGUGAGCACGUGGCCCAGCAGAUGGAAAAGGCUCUGGAAGGUCGGGAGGAAUAUAAGACGGAAGUUCACUUCUACAAGAAAGAUGGUGUGCCUUUCUGGUGUCUGCUGGAUAUUGUACCUAUAAAGAACGAGAAGGGGGAGAUGGUCCUCUUCCUCUUCUCCUUCAAGGACAUCACUGAAACAUAUGGAAAAGGACACCAAACAAAUAAAAGUGAAGCUGCAGAGGACAGGAGGCAAAGGAGGAGGAGCCACUCUCACUUCAGUAAGGCGAGGAAGCGAGGACGCACCAUGUUGUACCAACUAACUAGUCAUUUCUCCAGAGGGGGCAAAGGAGAUGUCAACCUUGGUGGAAACAUGGUCGACAAGCCAUCCAUACCGGAGUACAAAGUGGCGGCGGUGCAGAAGUCUCGCUUCAUUCUGCUCCACUACAGCGUCUCCAAGGCCCUGUGGGAUUGGCUGAUCCUGCUGGCUACCUUCUACGUUGCUGUCACCGUCCCCUACAAUGUCAGCUUCACGCCGCACGAUGACUCUGUCACGGCUGCACGCUCCACCAUCGUCAGUGACAUAGCAGUGGAGAUGCUUUUUAUCAUCGACAUCAUCCUGAACUUUCGUACCACCUAUGUGAGUCAGUCGGGCCAGGUGGUGUACAAAGGCCGUUCCAUUUGCAUCCACUAUGUCACGACUUGGUUCUUUGUGGACUUGGUUGCAGCUCUUCCCUUUGACCUGUUAUAUGCCUUCAACAUCACAGUAACCUCAUUGGUUCACUUGCUAAAGACCGUGCGUCUGCUGCGCCUCCUUCGUCUUCUGCAGAAGCUUGACCGUUACUCUCAGUACAGCGCCAUGGUGCUGACCUUACUGAUGUCUGUGUUUGCCCUGCUGGCGCACUGGAUGGCCUGCGUCUGGUACAUGAUUGGACGCAAGGAAAUCCACACCAAUGAGACCUGGGAAAUAGGAUGGCUCCACGAGCUGGGGAAGCGACUGGAGACUCCCUACAUUAACAGCACAGCAGGUGGUCCGACUGUGCGCAGCUCCUACAUUGCCGCCCUAUACUUCACCCUUAGCAGCCUGACCAGUGUGGGGUUCGGAAACGUCUGUGCCAACACCGAUGCAGAGAAGAUCUUCUCCAUCUGCACGAUGCUCAUAGGCGCUCUGAUGCACGCCGUGGUUUUCGGUAACGUCACCGCCAUCAUCCAGCGCAUGUACUCCCGCCGGUCUCUCUACCACACACGCAUGAAGGACCUGAAGGACUUCAUCCGAGUGCACCGCCUGCCUCAGCAGCUCAAGCAGCGCAUGCUGGAGUACUUCCAGACAACAUGGUCUGUCAACAAUGGUAUAGAUGCUAACGAGCUCCUGCACAACUUUCCUGAUGAGCUGCGGGCCGACAUCGCAAUGCAUCUGAACAAAGACAUCCUCCAGCUGCCCGUCUUUAAGGGGGCCAGUCGUGGCUGCCUGCGCUCGCUCUCGCUUCACAUAAAAACCUCUUUCUGUGUACCGGGGGAGUACCUGAUCCGGCAGGGUGACGCUCUGCAUGCCAAUUACUUUGUCUGCUCUGGCUCUCUAGAGGUGUUGAAAGAUGACAUGGUGUUGGCUAUAUUAGGAAAAGGAGACUUAAUUGGAUCGGAUUUGCCUGGGAGUGAGCAGGUGAUCAAGACCAAUGCGGACGUGAAAGCGCUCACCUACUGCGAUCUCCAGUAUAUCAGUGUGCGCGGUUUGAGAGAGGUGCUGGAACUGUACCCCGAGUAUGCCAGCCUGUUUGCCUCAGACAUCCAUAACAACCUCACCUACAACCUGCGUGAAGGCAGCCAGGGCGAGGGCUUUAACAGAUUUUCCAGGUCACCAAGACUUUACCAUCAGGAGCCCAGGCUGCCAUCUAUUGUGGAGACCAAAGGUGGCAACUUAGACGACUCCUUCCACCUUUCUCCAACCACGCGCUCUCGCCGAAACCUCCUGCUCCCAAACUUCACCAGCCCCGUCCGCCGCACCUCCCUGGGGAACCUGCUGGGGGACGAGCUGCGGCAGUUUAGUGCUCUAAGACGCUGCCGCUCGCCAAAUCUUAGCCGAGGUUUCCUGGGUCAGAGCCCUCAACCACCUUCAAAGAAAGAGCACAGCAACUCUGGGUCCGCCUCCAAUUUAUCCAAAGGACAGUCAGAACCUGAGCAGAAGCCUUCCAAGCUGCUCAUCCCCACUUUGACCUGCUCUGCACCCCCAGAACUUAGCCCAAGGGUUGUAGAUGGCAUCGAAGACAACGGGCACACGUUUCAGUUCACAGUGGAACACGGCGGGCCUGGUGCCAACGCAGGCAGCACCACCCACGAGUCCAGACAAGCCAACGCUGCUCUGCUGUUGGAGACUGAAGAAGUCAGGCAAAGCAUUAACCAGCUCAACCUAAAGAUGGGGAAAUUAAACCAGGAAGUAUCAGAGCUGACCAAAGGCCUGCACCAAAUGAUGAAUCUGCUACAGGGCCACCUGUCUGUACGUCAGUACGGGACACCAAUACCCUCCUGCUCAUGUUCUGUCAAAUUGGUUUCAAGUCAUGCAGUACUCAACAAAACUUGCAAACCAUCUAAUUCUUCUUCCUACUGCCUCCAAAACGACCCUAAUAUCCCUAAAACCCUGCUGGAUCAAAGUGAGUUGGGUGGAGAGCCUUGGAGCUGCAGUGGUACAGCGGACUCCCAAACUGAGAGUCAUCAACUGUUUUGUCAAUUAAACAACUAUCAACCACUUUCUAAAAACUCUGUGGGUCUAUGUCAUAGCUGUGAGAAGAUGACCUCACAUCAAUGGAUGAGUUCACCUCUACUUAGCAUCAGCCCAGAUUACCAAACAGGAAGUCCUGGCUUUGCCCCUCACACACCGAACAAGCUAUCAAGAGCUCCCAGUCCUGAUCCAAUGACCAGCCAGUCCCAUCCCAUUUUAUGCUCACAGCCUCCCAGUGAUGAUGAUGAUGAAAACUCUUGCCUUUUGCCCAACACAAGUACAUCCACACUAUUGGAGCCGCCAGUCGCUUCUCACUCUCAGCUUCUUCAAGCCGCAAAUGACACUCUGACUCAAGAUACUGCAAUUUUACAAAACGAGGACUUGCCCCGUACCCCACACCCUGUCCCCACCUCUGCACCUUUGCUCCAUUAUAAGGCUUCUGUGUCUUCACUGGAUAAAGAAUUACCACUGGAGGUCUCCUGUCUCCCACUCAGUGACACAUCCACUUUGGAACACAACAGUUUGGAGUGUUUACUGGGAAACAGAGACUCCAUGGAGAGCAGGGACAGCGGAAGUGAGUCCUCUCGAAGAUCAAGCAUCGGUGUCCAGACUCAGAGCUCUGAGCAGUCCUGCUGCUUGGACCUCACAGAGUGAGGGUGGACUGGAACAAAGCAGGACUCAGAGAUGCUUGUUUUGCUAAUACAGUGUUCAAAAAUUAGAUUUAGCUAAAGAUCAGAGAAGGGGCUCUGCGUCCUGCUCUUUUUACAUCUGUGUCCUUCUAUGCAAAAGCAUGCAUUUGAGCAUCAUCUGGGCUGCACUUGUGUUUACUUAACUAAAUCUCCACACCGACAGUUGCAGUAUGAGUUGUAUAUUUUCUAUAUAGAGUUUUGCUGUCAAUGACACCUGUUACCUCUUUGCACGGUAAAGUAUUUCUACUGUUUUGUUUUGUUUUUCCUAAGGAAAGGCUUUUCAGAUCAAUGUGGAAGCAUUCUACAUGGGCAACGUAUUGAUUGUGUUCACAGAUACUGCAUUUGUAUGGCAGAUAGGUCAGAGUUAUUUCACUGUUUUAUUAUUCCAAAGAACAAAAAUGACUAUUUCCUUUACUUCUUCGAAAUAUCCACAAAAAUCAUUUGGAAAAUUGUCUUUUUUCCUAUUUUGAACAUUUGGCUCUUUCAGUUUGGCAAUUUGUUUAACUAUUUUAAGAAUUUAAGCCCACACUUUAUCAACCAGUGUCAUAAAUAUAAUCAAUUCAAGCUAUAAGUCCAGUAAAAAUUCCUCUUUGAGGCUUGAAGUAUAAAUGAAUGUCUUCACUCUCUUGUUUCUUUAGAUUAGAAACUUCAUAUAUUUUUUAAACACCUGUGAUGAACAAGCUGCUGUUAAAUUAACAUCUAAACAUUUAAGGAAAUGUCCUUUUAGAUAUUUAAGGCCUGUAUGUUUUCAAAAUGUGAAUGAAAGACAUAUAUUAAUAUAUAUAAGAAUCUUUUUAAAUGAGUUUUAUUUUGGCUGAUAAAGUAAAUAUGAAGGAAA